UCCUACGAUUAAUCGGUAAAACUCCGUACAUAAUGGAUUGGGUAGAGCCGUAGCUAGAGGUUGCAGCGCGGGAUAAUGGAGUGAGGAUUAAGAUAGAGAGAAGAGGAAGAAGAAGAAAGAAAAAGAAGGAAAAAUGGAUAGCAGCGGAGUAGUAAAGCUGAAUUUGAAAGCCCUAAACCAUAUCCAUAUCCUCUGCAAAUCCAGCUUCAACCACUCUUCCAUCCAUUUCCGAUUUCAACCUCCUUCAUACUCCUUCCUAUCUCGUCAUCGCCACAACAACCACCUUCUCCUCUCUCCUUCGCCUCUCUCGUUUUCCAAACCUGCUUCUAGAUUCUCUCCGCUCUCUUCCCUUGCUGAAAAGGUUACUGGAAGUGGUUUGCCUUAUGGAGCUGCUCAGGCAACAGAAUCAAUUCCUUCCAAUAAUAUGCUUCAAGUUGUUUUGGUCUCUCCUCAGAUUCCUGGUAAUACCGGGUGCAUCGCCAGAACUUGUGCUGCAUCAGGUGUUAAACUACACCUUGUCGAGCCAUUGGGAUUUAAAAUAGAUGAUGCCAAAGUCAAGCGUGCUGGACUGGAUUAUUGGCCUUAUGUAGUUGUCAAAGUGCAUCCUUCCUGGGCUGAGUUUCGAAACUAUUUCUCACUUCAAAAUGGAGAGAAACGGUUACUGGCUUUCACUAAGAGGGGGACUGCAAUACAUUCAGACUUCACAUAUAGACCAGGUGAUUGGCUUGUGUUUGGAUCAGAAACUAGUGGGCUACCCCCUGAUGCGCUCGAUGACUGCAGAAGUGAAGCAUAUGGAGGUGCAACCAUUAAAAUUCCUAUGUUGGAUACCUAUGUCAGAUGUUUAAAUCUUUCUGUCAGUGUAGGCAUUGCUGUUUAUGAAGCUGCGAGACAGCUUAACUAUGAGCAAUUCCAAUGCUCUUCUGAUGCCUGUAUCAACAGUGAAAAUCCUUUUAUCACAGAAGAUAUUUUUGCUUAGCCACUGUCAUACUUGAAUCGGUUUGAA